UUCAUUGAGGUUUGUGCGUCCCCCGGGGGAUUUUCAGGAUCACACCAAGCAUGCAAGCAGCAGGAUACAUAUUCCUUCCCAAUAAAACCUUUCGCCGUCAAGAAACACGCAUCCCUGUAUCCUGGUAGGGUGCGCGCCUAGGUGGUUAAAAAGAAAUUAAACGCCAAAGGCAACUCUUCCCCGCGUGUGCUGAGCGAAGGGAAGGAAGGGACCGUCUGCCCACAUCAUCUCGCUCACGGAACUGACAGUGUGAGAUGUGGCGUAGCUCGAUAUGUGUACACGAUUGCACUAUCCUUCAACUGUGAUCCGUCCUUCAUGGCACGGCAAUUUGAUGAUAGAAAUUGCUGCGAAGUGUUUAUUUAGUUUGAGUCAGUCCGUUUGAAGCCUUUCCCCUGCCCCAGGGGGAAAGAUUUGUGUGUCGGUUGGUUCGCUCUAAAUGUCUGCUGAUUUCGUCAACGAUACAAGUUUGCUGCCCUCGGUACCUGCCUUGCUACCCAGAAAAGGAGGGGAUUGAGCGUUCACCUUCAAAUCUGCUCGGACGAAUAUUUUUGUUGCGGGAAAGAAAAGAUCCGUAACGCACGAGACCGUACGUAGUGACCGACUGGCCUGCUAUCUGCCGUGGGCCUUUGCCACAAGAGAGCCACCACGACCACCGGGAACUUUGACGCUUGACGAAGGCCGCCACGAUGGCAAUGCUACUGAAACGACCCAUCGGCUCGUUCGUGAACGGGCUGCGCAGCGCUAGAAGCGGCCGUUCGGGCAACGUACCCCUGCUCGGCAACGGGUAUAAUUCAGCCGGCCCCUCCAGCCAGCCGGGCGGCACCGGACCGGACGGUACGACAAGGCAAACGCUAACGAUCGUAUUCCUCUGCAUCCUCUGGUACAUGGUGUCCAGCAGCAACAACGUGAUCGGCAAGAUGAUCCUGAGCGAAUUUCCCUACCCGAUGACGGUGACGAUGAUACAGCUGACCAGCAUCACCGUGUACAGCGGGCCGUUCUUUAAUCUCUGGGGCGUGCGGAAGUACGUGGACAUCUCGUGGCGCUACUACUUCAAGUUCAUCGUGCCCCUGGCGCUCGGCAAAUUCCUGGCCUCGGUUACGUCACACAUUUCUAUCUGGAAGGUGCCGGUUUCGUACGCUCACACAGUGAAAGCGACGAUGCCCCUGUUUACCGUCAUCCUGUCUCGGAUUAUUCUGCGCGAGCGGCAAACGAAACCCGUCUACCUGUCGCUCGUGCCGAUCAUUGUCGGUGUCGGUAUCGCGACGCUGACGGAACUGUCGUUCGAUGUGGUCGGCCUGAUCAGUGCCCUCAUCGCGACGAUGGGCUUCUCGCUGCAGAACAUCUUCUCCAAGAAGGUGCUGAAGGAAACGGGCGUCCACCAUCUGCGGCUGCUGCACAUUCUGGGCCGGCUGGCGCUCUUCAUGUUUCUGCCCGUGUGGAUCUACGUCGAUCUGUUCAACGUGAUGAAGCAUCCAGCCAUCACGACCGGCGACUAUCGGGUAAUUGCGCUGUUGUUCACCGAUGGCGUGCUGAACUGGCUGCAGAAUAUCCUCGCGUUCAGCGUCCUGUCACUCGUGACACCACUGACGUACGCGGUGGCCAGCGCCAGCAAGCGCAUCUUCGUCAUCGCGAUCUCGCUGUUCGUGCUCGGCAAUCCGGUUACGUGGCUCAACGUGCUCGGCAUGCUGGUGGCCAUCCUGGGCGUGCUGUGCUACAACCGGGCGAAGUACUUUGCACGCCGCAGCGAAACGUUGCUCCCGUAUGCGAAGGCGGGUGGGCAGGCUGAGGGCAAUGGUGGCAUUUCCGUCGGUACCACCAACGUGUCCGCUGCCACCGGCUCCGGCACCGCCAGCCGCUACAACCAGUAUCAGUACACACCGCUGCACGCCACCAUCUCAAGUUCCGGUCCGACGGAUAAUGUCCUGAUGACGAACGGCACCGCCAUGCUUUUGCCCGUGAUCGGAGGCGUCGGUAUGACUUCCACGAUGGGUGCACCGUCCGCGGGAGGUACCCCCGCUCCCUCCGUGGCAGGUACUGCCAGCGGCAACGGAAAGCUACAGUUUGUAUAAAUGGCUCAAUUGGACUGAUGACCGGUAUCCGGAUGGCUAUCCGCGGAAGCACGAGCGGAUGGUGGCGGCGAACAUAAUUUAUUUUUAGUUGAACACAAAAACGUCGCCACCGGUCCGGUAGAUAAGUAGACGAUACUAAUUUAACGAGCCCGUCUUAAGGCGAUAGGAAAGAAUGUAUCGAAAGGUGCUGCGUGCAGUUGACUACCGUUCUAUUUUGUUAAGACCUUUAUGUUCUAGUAAUUGUGCACUGUUGAUGACGUUUUUGUGCGGAUACUAAGACACUGCUGGGCACCAGUAUAGAUAGACCGAUUUAAUUGUAUUUCUAACGAUAGGAGCUAGCGAGCGCUAGAGUAAAAGCAUAGCGAAUGUUAAAACACAAUAGGAAACAUGGCGAUGCGCAAGUAAGGGACAUUUUCGUUUGUUGAUAAGCAGCAACCCCGAUGAGACGGGUCAGGCAGUAUUUUUUUUUUAUUACUAUUUCGCUUUUUCCGUUACAUACGCUUAGUUAUGAUUUAAAAAUUAAAAAACCCUCUGGCGUACAAGCGUUUGCUGGACGCAGCGACAGCGGUUACAAGCGUGCAAUGUGUAAUGUUAUCCCUUAAAGCACUCCCAGCCUCGUCCCAAUUUGGCGCAAUAAUGCAAGUGUACAUAGAAUUAGGACGUGUAAAGUGACGUGUUUCGAACCGGCCGGCGUGUGCUCUUUUUGCGGUUUUUUUUUUGUACAUAAAUGAUUAGUAAAAAUAUGGUGAGGUGGUUCGUUUCCGAAGGAUGAUCGUGCUUUAUCCUUUCCCAUGCGAACGGGUGUAAAGUAUUUCAAUCUAAACACUGAAACGGGUGACAGCAGCCUCUAAAAUAGGGCCGUGUAAAAUAAUGAUCGGAUAUAAACGCGCCCCAAACCACAACGUAUCAUCGCCUUUCGGCCGGAAAACUAGCUCCCCUUCAAUGACGCUUUUGAUAACGCUAUUGUUUUUUUUUUUUUAUUUACCAUUUGUUAAACAAACUGAUCGUAGAUAUCCUAACAGUGUCUUCGUUUAUGUUCGUUGUACCCUACCGUUGUUUGUAUCCAAAUCGACUCGAGCCGCUCGGGAUGUAACAAGUAAUAAAACAAUUUGCAAUAAUA